ACUUGGACUACGUCACCACCCUGCCACCGAGCAGGCCUAUAAAGAGGGACACCCAUAGGCUCAUACACACUCGUUUUUUUCCUCUGAGACGAGAAACAGAGCACAGUCAGGAUGAAACUGUACCUCGCAGUUGCCGUGCUGAUGCUGGCUUUUGCUGCACAAGCAGAGGCUCAGCAAGACGACACUCUGGCCAAUUUUGGUACUAAGGUUAAAGAGGUAACUUUGGACAUGGGUGAGAAGGUUAAGACCGCCUUCGAGGAGGUGCACAACAGCGAUUUUGCCGUCAACACCAGGAAAUGGUUCGCUGGCCAGUUUGACGCAUUUUUAGAACAGUAUCAGAGGAUGACCAGUAACCUCGGUAACUAGGACUGCCGUGCCCCUCUACUAUCACCUGAAAACCCACCAUGACCCCACCAUGAGCCCUCACCCCUUUGGUCCUCCUCCAUGCUCUGACAUGCCUUGUGCUGCUGACUUUGCCUGUCUGUGAAGAGCUAAUUUGAAAAUUGAAGUGUAAUUCUGGAAGAAAUGAUGUGCAAAACAAAAAAGUGCAAUGAUGACAUAAAUAAUAAAGAUACAUUUUUGUAUUAAAAAAAAA